GUGCACUCACGUACGCACAUUUACUGUACAGGAUUUAUCAAGGGAAAAUUGCAUACAUACGUACAGAGACCUACAUACAUGCAUACACAAUAUGCUGUGUGAAGAUUAUAACGUAUUAUUCCUUUGCAAUUUUAAAUGUAUAUUUUGUCGAUUUUAUUUGCACAGUAUAGUCUGCUCACAGAGUUGCAUUUCACUGUAUACCCUUUGCAGAUGUGACAAAUAACAGAUGUGACUUGACUUAAAGACGUCUCUGGACCUUUAUCCUAAAAGACCGAUAUGUUAGAAUUUAGAUUAUGCAACGAUUUAAAUCGGGAUUAUGGUUAGUCUGAAAAUGCCAUACCAACGACAGGGAAGGAUCGGGAUACGGGAGCAGGACAGUAGCCUUCGAGCUGUUGUUUCGUGAUUUUUUUACGGUUUAUUUCAACGUGUAAUUUGUGUAUUUUGAUUGGAUUUGCGGCGGCUACUUAAUAUGGCGCACGACCGCUUGGACUAUAAACGAGAGCAAUAAAUAAACACAAUGUGUUUAUGGUCUGCGUGCGGCUGCCUUUCUCUUGUUAUGGCCAUAGUAUGCGGUUCCGCGGCCGUCAGCGUUAAUCUGUAAGGCUGCCCGGGACCUACGAUCCCGGUGACAGCUGAGCGCCGCUCCAAGUAUAUACACAUACCAAAAUAGGAGCAAGCACCCUUAGCACGAACGGAAAGUCCAUCCGGCUGCUGGUUACUGCCCCGGGGAGUCUCUGCCGAGGCGCCGGCCGUUUACUGCCCAUUUCCCGGUCCCGGCAAAAGCCAUUUCCAAUAUCAAACCGAGCGCUUCUACUCUGGAACUGAUUUCCUUGUUGGUCCAUCCAGUAUUUCUACAAAUUAUACAGAUUGGAGACUUAAGAAAGACUCAGCAAUACACUAAACUGGAACAGGAGAAUGAAAAUCACUACAAAAACUUUAUCAGUCAGUUGAUCCUCCACAAUAUUGCAGUGUUGGAGAACAAUGAUGCCAGGAGUCUCAGCAAAUGGUUAAAUUACCACAACUGUUUUCAUCCUUAAUUACUCACAGUUUGGUGCUGGUACGAUGUCAGUCAAAGGACAAGAGAGCUACGUGUACGACUUCUGUGAUGCCAGUCACCCAGCAGAACUCCUGGAUGCGCUCAGGGAAUUCUACGUAAGCAACCUUUUCACUGAUAUCACCCUGCAGUGUUCCAGCGGGCAGGUCUUUCAUUGCCACAAAGCUGCCCUGUCAGCCUGUAGCUCUUAUUUCAAGGUGAUGUUCACGGCAGACAUGAGAGAGCGCUCAAACAGUGUUAUCAGGCUAUCGGGGAUCGACAGCGAGAUUCUUACUGCUCUGGUAGACUAUGUGUACACCUCCAAGGUGAACAUCACUCAGACCAAUGUGCAGAGUUUGCUCGAGGCAGCCGACCUGCUGCAGUUCAGCACAGUGAAGAUGGCCUGUGAGAACUUCCUGAUCCGGCUCCUGGAUGUGGAUAACUGCCUGGGAAUGCAUGCGUUCGCUGAGCUUCACCUCUGCCCGGCAUUGGAGAGGGAGGCCCGGCGAGUGAUGCUCAGUCGAUUUGAGGAGCUCAUGUGGCAGGACGAGUUCCUGGAGGUCGAUGUGGAGAAGCUUACCACCAUAAUUUCGACAGAGAACCUCAACGUGUGGAAGGAGGGGGUUCUCCUGGAGGCCGUGGUUAGGUGGGUAGCACAUGAUACGCCGGCACGCAUAGACUAUGUCCAAGACCUGCUCUGCCGUAUCCAGCUUGACUUGGACGAGAUGUACUUCAAAACCAUGUUGGACAUGCAGAGUUCCCGUUUGCUGGCCAAUGAAAACAAGAUCCGCUCUUUGAUUGCCCAUUCUCUGAAGUCCACAUGCAAAGAGAUGUCCAUGAGCUGCAAGAAGCUGACCUCUUGCAUGUACAUAAUCGGGGGCUACUACUGGCAUCCACUGUCUGAGGUCCACAUGUGGGAUCCGGUCACCAACACGUGGGUGAGCAGGAAGGACAUGCCGGACCACACGAGGGAGAGCUACAGUGUCGCAAUCCUGGGACCCAAUGUUUAUGUGACGGGAGGCUACAGGACGGACACCAUUGAGGCGCUCGACGCCGUGUGGGUUUACAACAGUGAUACUGAAGAGUGGGCAGAGGGUUGUCCCAUGCUUGACGCCAGAUACUACCACUGCUCUGUGGCACUGCAUGGCUGCAUCUAUGCAAUAGGUGGCUAUAGGGGAGGUGCACCUGCACGGGAAACUGAAUUCUAUGACCCGCUGAAGAAACAGUGGUUUCCAGUGGCCAAAAUGAUCCAAGGUGUGGGGAAUGCCACAGCCUGUGUGCUACGUGACACAAUCUACGUAACGGGGGGCCAUUUUGGUUACAGAGGAAGCUGCACUUAUGAAAAGAUUCAGAGCUACAGGGCUGACCUCAAUGAGUGGAGCAUAGCCACAAUAAGCCCUCAUCCAGAGUAUGGUCUGUGCUCAGUGUCCCUGAACAACAAGCUUUACCUAGUGGGAGGACAGACCACCAUCACAGACUGCUAUGACCCAGAGAAGGAUGAGUGGAGGCAGAUGUCUGUCAUGAAGGAGAGGAGGAUGGAGUGCGGUGCAGUGGUCAUGAACGGCUGCAUCUAUGUGACAGGGGGCUACUCAUAUUCCAAAGGCACAUACCUGCAGAGCAUCGAGAAGUAUGACCCUGAGCAGGACACGUGGGAGAUCGUAGGUAACCUUCCCAGUGCCACUCGCUCCCACGGCUGCAUCUGUGUCUACAGCGUGUAAGUUGCCCUUUUUCGGUACAUGUCGGAGGGGGCAGGUGUUUCCUGCUUCGGAGGACAGAGCACCUGCAUGACCACGGCCACCAGACCUUCUGCUGAAAAGCUGAUCUGAUCUAAACCUGCCCCCAUCACCUUCCUGCCACCUGUUUUUGCCAUGAUACUCAAUACUUUCAGUAAAGCAGUAGUCAGUUUCACCAUUUUCUGUUCCUCCUAAGAUGUAUUAAACCGUAUUAUACAUUUUUGUUGUUUCUCUGAAUACCCUCCAGUGUCCAUAAAGUUCUAUCCAAAUGGCAUCAAUCUAUAGAGGUUGGAGGAUUUUAUGUUAACCGGUAAUGCUUGGUAUCAGGCUUUAUCAAGUAUCAAGUCGUUUGUCUGCUCAGGAAAGUGUUGCUAUUGGUCUUUGAAGGUUUGAAAUGUGCACAUUGUCUACUGUAACUUUAUGAGAAGGUACUGUUAAUUAUUUGUAAAAUUUUAUAUCUCAUGCAGAAUAAGAUGAAGUUUUCAUCCCAGCACAAUAUUUGGUCUUUACCUAUUUGUAUUUAAAGCAAAGCAGCUUUUAACUUUUUAAAAGUAAUUAUGAAAACAUCAAGUUUGUAAACCUUCGAAGUGUUAAAAAUAUUGGUUGAAUGUAGAGAGACCUCUACAAAAAACACCAGGUAAACUAUUCGUUUUUAAUUGUGUUUUAUAUGUAUUGUAAUUGUGCAUAUUUUUUGUUUAUGAAUGCACAUAGCAACUUGUGUGAACUGUGAUGAAUUUGGUUUUAUACUGUAAAUUAAAAAAAAAAAAAACUGCUAUUUAUGUUGUAUUUCAGUCAUAACCUGUAUAUCAGUUAUUUUAAAACAUUUUAUGUCAAAUACCAUAUAGGUGUAUACACAUUUGUAUGUACACACACACACGCACGCACACACACACACAUAUUUAUUCUAUAUAACAUUAAACAUUGUGUUUAUUUUCCAUUUAGCUUGAAUAUUAUACAAAUCUAUUCACAGAUGAAGUCAAAUUAACAUACCUAAUUUAUUAUCUAGUAUCUCUACAGAGGUUUGAUGUUGAUUAUUAGUUUAAUAUAUAGUUUCAUUUUUACAAAUGAAUGUUACCCUUAAGUGCUUUUUGAUGUUGGAAUUUGUGUCAAUUGAGCCAGUUUUGCAAGUCACAAAUGGCGUUAGUAUAAUUUUACUUUUGCAGGAGAGCAAGUUUUUGAUUGUUAUACCAGUGUUACGUUAUACAAAUGCACUAUUUAAUAAAUACAAUUGUUUUUAA